GUUAGCCCAGAAGGUUAACGCCGCUAGCAAACCGAGCAGGACCGAGGUUGGGAGUCCUUGUCCCUUUCCCGCUCAGCGACGGGAAGGCUCUCUUGCCCACCCGUCCUCGGUUCCCUCAGACACUCGAGGCCUUGCGAAGCCUCCUCCGCUCCCGGCGCCCUCCUAAGAGGAUGCCGCUUUCACUCGCUUUGCCCCAAAGACCCAAAACCUGAACGAGGAGGGUUACAGCCUCGUUUUCCGGCUAGGAUGAAUCAUCUCCGGUAACAAACUCCCUCCCCCGGAAGUGAGACCUGAUGUAAACACCAGAGCCGGGUGUCAAGGCCCGGGAGGUCAGAAAUCCGGGCCGCGGGCGGCACCGAGAGCUGGGCCUGGGAUCGGGGACACGCAGAGGUCAGGGAAGCAAUCCUGGAUCAUGACUCAGCAGCCACUUCGAGGAGUGACCAGCCUGCGUUUCAAUCAAGACCAAAGCUGCUUUUGCUGCGCCAUGGAGACAGGUGUGCGCAUCUACAAUGUGGAGCCAUUGAUGGAGAAGGGGCAUCUGGACCAUGAGCAGGUGGGCAGCAUGGGCCUGGUGGAAAUGCUGCACCGCUCCAACCUGCUGGCCCUGGUGGGUGGUGGUAGCAGCCCCAAGUUCUCAGAGAUCUCAGCAGUGCUGAUCUGGGACGAUGCCCGGGAGGGCAAGGACUCCAAGGACAAGCUGGUGCUGGAGUUCACCUUCACCAAGCCAGUGCUGGCUGUGCGCAUGCGCCAUGACAAAAUCGUGAUUGUGCUGAGGAACCGCAUCUACGUGUACUCCUUCCCCGACAAUCCCCGAAAGCUGUUUGAGUUUGACACCCGGGACAACCCAAAGGCCCAGACCCCCCUUCAUCUUCACACCCUAGGGCUCUGUGACCUCUGUCCCAGCCUGGAGAAACAACUGCUAGUGUUCCCAGGACACAAGUGUGGGAGUCUGCAACUUGUGGACCUGGCGAGCACAAAGCCUGGCACUUCGUCUGCUCCAUUUACCAUCAACGCACAUCAGAGCGAUGUAGCCUGUGUGUCCCUAAACCAGCCAGGCACCGUAGUGGCCUCGGCCUCCCAGAAGGGCACUCUUAUUCGACUUUUUGACACACAGUCCAAGGAGAAACUGGUAGAACUACGCCGAGGCACUGACCCUGCCACCCUCUACUGCAUCAACUUCAGCCAUGAUUCCUCCUUCCUGUGCGCUUCCAGUGAUAAGGGCACGGUCCAUAUCUUUGCUCUCAAGGAUACCCGCCUCAACCGUCGCUCCGCGCUGGCUCGCGUGGGCAAGGUGGGACCCAUGAUUGGACAGUACGUGGACUCUCAGUGGAGCCUGGCGAGCUUCACCGUGCCUGCCGAGUCAGCCUGCAUCUGCGCCUUCGGUCGCAACACUUCCAAGAACGUCAACUCUGUCAUUGCCAUCUGUGUAGAUGGGACCUUCCACAAAUAUGUCUUCACUCCUGAUGGAAACUGCAACAGAGAGGCUUUCGAUGUGUAUCUUGACAUCUGUGAUGACGAUGACUUUUAAGGACCCUGUGGGUUGUUAGGGACCUGCAGUGGCAGAGUAUAAAGCAUUUGUGGGGGUGGGAGUGCUGGAAGCCACCAGCCAGCAAGCACUAAUGGGGCAGGUGCCCACUUUCCACUCCGCAGAGCAAUGCCUAAACAGCUCAUUUCCCCCCAAGCACUUCCCCCAAGCACUUAAAGACUGUGCCCACAGGGCCAGGCCAGGGCCCCAGGGAGGCAGCAGAUGCCCUGGGGCUCCCAACCUGGGGACUACUAGGGACCCAGAGGGAAUGCCCUAACCCAACCUGUGGGGAUAAACAAACAAACAAAAGAAAAGAAAACCUUCCCAGAAAGAACCCAUCUUUGAUGUGAUGAAUGUGAAUAAAGAGACCUUAAUAGUA